AUAAUCCCUGAGUUGACCCAGAAAAUAGGCAGUCGUUUCAAGAUCUGAUGCGGCAGUCUUUGUGCACACCGUCCGCAGCCCGAGCAUGAAGCGUAACCCAGUGGAAUAACCCAGUGUAAUCCGGAGAGGAGCGUCGCCCUGCAGAGGUACACGGCCCCUUUUUACGCACAGGAGCUGACGCCAAGUCGCGCAACUUUGUGGAAACGUAGAGGAAAAGGACAGGCGGCAUGGCAGACCAUCUGAUGAUGCCCAUGAAUCACAGCUCAGCGGGCGCCAGUCUCCACGGUUACAGGAUGGGCAUGAACGGCGGCCUGCAGGCGGGUCACCAGCAGCACGCCAACCAGCAGGGCAUGAGGGCGCUGCCCAACGGCCAGAUGAUGCACUACGGCGGCGCCCAGGCCAACAUGGAGACCGCCAUGAGGCAGCGGCAGGGCAUGGUGGGCGGGCCCAUGAGCGGACAGCUGAACGGGGCCCAGAUGGGUCACCACCAGAUGACCUCAGGUAACAUGAUGUACAAUGGCCAGCCCCAACAACAACAACAACAGCAGCAUCAUCCGCAGCAGCAUCAUCCGCAGCAGCAGCAUCCCCAGCAGCAGCAGCAUCACAUGCACCAGCAGCACCAGCAACAAGCCCAGCACCCGCAGCAGCAGCAGCACCCACAACAACAACAGCACCCGCAACAACAACAACAACAACAACAACAACAACAGCACCCACAGCAGCAGCAACAGUUCGCGAAUGGAGGGUUAACGUCCCAACAGCUCAUGGCCAGCAUGCAGCUGCAGAAACUCAACACCCAGUACCACGGACACCCACUGGGGCCUAUGGGUGGUAACCACAUGGGGCCCACAACACAGUAUCGCGUGAACCCGGCUCAGCUGGCUAGCAUGCAGCACAUGGCCGGGCCGGCCCUGGCACUGAACGGCAUGGAUGCGGAUAUGAUCGACGAGGAGGUCCUGACCUCGCUGGUCAUGGAGCUGGGCCUGGACCGGGUCCAGGAGCUGCCAGAACUCUUCCUGGGCCAGAAUGAGUUUGACUUUAUUUCGGACUUUGUCAGCAAACAGCAGCCCAGCACCGUGAGUUGCUGAGAGGACCUGAUUUGCCAAGAGGCACAAGCGGACACAGGAGAGUGAGAACCGUCCGGGAUGGAUAACAGGUGCUCGUCUCUCCUCUUUUUACUUUGGAGGCUCCUCCCUUUACAACUAAAGCGAGUUGAGGCGCAGGUGCACAGAAGAGAACUUUGGAUAUCCGUGGUGAAUGCACAGUCUCGCGUGUGCUUGUGGCCAGAGGGUGGCUGGCUUUAAGGCCCGUUGUUCCACUGCUCCCAUUUCCUGGACAUGAAUGUACUUAAUGCUGAAAUUCUCUGAAAAAGCCACUUUGAACAAUGCUUUGACACUGUGUAGCUUCCAAGACUCCACCACAGUUUACCAGUAAAUAGGCGUAUUUAUUUGUUCCUGACUGAGAAAACCGAUAUAAAGAACCCCCGUCUCCAUUAUGGGAACCAAGUGGUUUUAGUGAUUUUUAUUUUUAUUUCGUGAGAGUAAAUGGGGUAGGAAAUUAAAUUUAAGUUCCCUGCUCAUGGUUUUAUUUCUCAUUCUAUUUGGCCUGAUAUUAAAAAACUACAAGGUAAUCGUAAAGGAGCCAGAAUUUUCUCUCAGUAAGUCAGACACCACACAAGUACAUGUUAUGUCAUUUGAAUGGAAGUCUCAUCCAGAUUUAAAAAACGGUUCACUUUGGUAAAGUGCUGCCUUUUUAGAUGUGAUGUUCUUGAAAAUCUACUGCUUGUACUGUAUGAAGCUGUAAAACUCCAACAUGUCCACACUGUUGUGUUCUAUUGGAGCUGUAGAACCGCCUUAAUCACGCAGAUUCUUAUUUAUUGGUUGUUUAUAUUGUCCCCUUUUUUUUGUGGUCAAGAUGGGGGGGAUGGUCUUUGUGAAAGGGGUUUUGAGGAUCAAUAAAGAUGGCCUGGUUAGAA